AUGGGGUUAUGGGAAACAGAAACACACCAGGAUGUUCAGAGCCAUGAAAAAUAUUGCAGUGGAGGGAAACCCUAUGUAUGUAAGCAAUGUGGGAAAGUUUUUAAAACACGUGCAUAUUGUAAGGUUCAUGUAAGAAUUCACACUGGAGAGAAACCCUAUGUGUGUAAGCAAUGUGGGAAAGCUUUUAAAACACAGGGAGAUUGUAAGAAUCAUGAAAGAAUUCACACUGGAGAGAAACCCUAUGUAUGUAAGGCAUGUGGGAAAGCUUUUACCAGACCUAGAUGUUGUAAGGAACAUGAAAGAAUUCAUACUGGAGAGAAACCGUAUGUAUGUAAGCAAUGUGGGAAAGCUUUUACCAGACCUGGAUUUUGUAAGGAACAUGAAAGAAUUCACACUGGAGAGAAACCGUAUGUAUGUAAGCAAUGUGGGAAAGCUUUUAACACAUGGGGAUACUGUAAGAAACAUGAAAGAAUUCACACUGGAGAGAAACCCUACAUAUGUAAGCAAUGUGGGAAAGCUUUUAACACACGUGCAAAUUGUAAGGUUCAUGAAAGUAUUCACACUGGAGUGAAACCCUAUGUAUGUAAGCAAUGUGGGAAAGCUUUUACCAGACCUGGACGUUGUAAGGAACAUGAAAGAAUUCACACUGGAGAGAAACCAUAUGUAUGUAAGCAAUGUGGGAAAGCUUUUAACACACAUGCAAGUUAUAAGGUUCAUGAAAGAAUUCACACUGGAGAGAAACCGUAUGUAUGUAAGCAAUGUGGGAAAGCUUUUAAAACACAGGGAGUUUGUAAGAAUCAUGAAAGAAUUCACACUGGAGAGAAACCCUAUGUAUGUAAGGCAUGUGGGAAAGCUUUUACCAGACCUAGAUAUUGUAAGGAACAUGAAAGAAUUCACACUGGAGAGAAACCGUAUGUAUGUAAGCAAUGUGGGAAAGCUUUUAACACACGUGCAAGUUAUAAGGUUCAUGAAAGAAUUCACACUGGAGAGAAACCGUAUGUAUGUAAGCAAUGUGGGAAAGCUUUUAACACAUGGGGAUACUGUAAGAAACAUGAAAGAAUUCACACUGGAGAGAAACCCUAUAUAUGUAAGCAAUGUGGGAAAGCUUUUAACACACGUGCAAAUUAUAAGGUUCAUGAAAGUAUUCACACUGGAGUGAAACCCUAUGUAUGUAAGCAAUGUGGGAAAGCUUUU